UCGGCUCCCGAAAGACCAGUUCUUCCGGGAAAAUGGCGACUCCCUCUCGUGCCCCGGCGUCCCCGCCAGCCGCGGAUCUGGCGCCAGCCGCCGGGGCUGCCGAAGAAGCCGAUUGCCCGUCACCUCCCCAGCCUCAGCCCCAGCAGAAUGUCCUUGCCGCCCCGCGGCUUCGAGCCCCAAGCUCUCGAGGACUUGGGGCAGCGGAGUUUGGCGGAGCUGCGGGAGAUGUUGAAGCGCCAGGAGAGACUUUUGCACAACGUAAAAUUCAUUUGCAGAUUGCCCGACAACGGUAAAAAGAUCUUAGACUCUGUUGCCAAACUGAAAGCUGCCAUUGCAGAACGUGAAGAAGUUAGAGGAAGACGUGACCUGUUUCAUCCUGUUAGUUUAGACUGUAAGCCAAGGCAAAAAGCAGUUGUGGUUGAUGUGGACGUAGAAAAGGCCCAGAAUUCUGACCAGAUACUUGAUUCUUCAUCACUGGUUCCUGGCUGUUCUUCUGUAGAUAACAUCGCAUCAUCUGAAACAACUUCACAAGAACAGGGACUUGCACAUUCUACUGACAAAGGCGAUGCAGAGGCUCCCGAGGUUGGAGACACAGUGAACAAGUGCCCAGGAUCUAGCAGCAGAGCCAGUGGGCCUUCCUCGCCCGAAGCUAGUGAGUGUCUCCCUCAGCAUCGUGCGUCAGGUCAAACAGAAGAUAAUUCCAGCAGCCCUGACGACGUAUUUGUUGAUAGAUUACAGAAGAUCACCAUUGCAGACCCAGGUGAACACCACUCAGAAGAAAACACGAGGACUGAGAACUUGACAGGCCUUUGUACUGGGACAGAGAAGAAGCCUCAUUACAUGGAAGUGCUAGACCUGCGAGCGAAAAACCCAGUGCCCCCAGCACGUAAAUUUAAGCCCAAUGCGUUACCUUCAAAACAGAACGAUUCAUCCAGUCACCAGCAGAGAAGCGCGUCUCCUGUUUCCUCGGAGGAAAGGCGGCGCAGGGACAAGCAGCAUCUCGACGACAUCACAGCAGCUCGGCUUCUGCCGCUUCACCAUCUGCCUGCACAGCUGCUCUCCAUAGAAGAAUCUUUGGCACUUCAGCAGCAGCAGAAAAAGAGUUAUGAGGAGAUGCAAGCCAAGCUCGCAGCACAAAAAUUAGCUGAAAGACUGAAUAUUACAAUGCAGAGCUAUAAUCCAGAAGGGGAGACUGCGAGGAAGUACCGAGAAGUAAGGGAUGAAGAUGACAAUCAGUCCUCUGAUGAUGAAUUCUGAAGAUGGACAUUGGGAGACUCUCCUAACUUCUGCCUGCUGAGGUGUCAUUAUCUUCCAUUGGACUUUCUAACAAGUAUCAAGAUCAGUGUCAGACAUUGUUGAGGGAAAUAAUUUUAUAAAGCUACACAAAGGUAGCUAUAAAAAUAGUCCAGUUUGUCUUUCAGAAGAUAAUUUUCAUGUGCUUGAACAGUUUAAUAUUUGAAUAUUGUGUUUAACCACCUUGGAUGAAAGUUUUGCAGUAUGUUGUGUGGUCCGAUACUUUAGUAUAUGGCAGAGCACACAUUUUUUUCUGUAAGCCAGAUGAAAGCAGGUGUCUGUUUUUCCCCCCUCCUUACCUCUAUCAAUAUCUCACCUUUCAGGGAACUAUUUUGUUGUCCCCGUCAUCACCCAAAUGAAUUAGGAAGAUAUGGUUCCCUCUUUUUUUGAGUAAUGAAGGGAGCAGUGUAAAGAAUUUUAGGCAUGUUUGCAUGGGUUUAUUGAGGUAUCGGAUGUGAACUACCUAGGAAGACACUUAGAAAAAUGCUUGAAUGUUUUUUUCCUUCUGUCUUCCCUUGGAAGAAUGUUAUCUUCUGAUUACAAAUAAAAAGUGCAGUUGACCCUUUAACAGUGUGGGGGUUAGGGCUGCCAACCUGCUUGGUAGAAAAUUAUAACUACAUACUGAUAGUUGUUGAUGCUGGAGGGUGGAUGGUCUUUCUAAGUGACCAGGUUUUCCCAGAGUAACAUGAAAUACAGAAAAGCCUGAGACAGUUGAUGAGGGUGAAGGGAGUAGCUGUUCUUAAGCUUGACCUGACUGGAGUAAUGCUCUUAACAGAUGAUAGGUUCAGUUCGGUAAUAAAAAAACAAAAA